UUUUCCCGCCAACGUCGAAUGGGCGCCGCAGUGACGCCGCGAGGCCCCGCCCCGCCCCGCCCGCCCGGGCUGCUCGAGGAGACAACGCGGGGAGACAACGGCGGGGAGACACCACGGGGGACACCACGGGAGACAACGCCGGGGAGAUACCACGGGGGACACCACGGGAGACACCGCGAGGAGACACGGCGGGGAGACACCACGGGAGAGACCACGGGGGGACACCGCGGGAGACAACGCCGGGGAGACACCGCGGGAGACACCGCGAGGAGACACGGCGGGGGACACCACGGGAGACACGGCGGGGAAGACGCACGGCGGCGAGACCACGGAGAAGAGAGAUCGCGCCGCUUGCUCCCCGCGAAUCGGUGAAGGCGGCGCCAUGAGCUCGCCGAGCUCCGGGGGGAGGAGACGGCACGGGGGGAUGGUGAUGAUAUGGCCCCUGCGUUCGCUUCUUCGACAAUGAGUGUAGUAGUAGAGGCAACUUCUAUCCUUACGGGGGAGAACGGUGCGGUCCCUGGAGGUGGUGACGCCACUCACGUAUCAACUCGCACCCCCACUCACCCCGUGGCCACUUGUGAAACCACCGAACCCCCCGAGCACCCGGGGGGUAGCACGGGGGGUGGGUCCGCAUUGCAUGGAGACACAGGACACGGGGCAGACACUGGACAUGGCGGAGAUACAGGACAGGGAGAUACGAAACUCGGGGGGGCAUGAUGGAGAUGAGGGCGAUGCGGUCCUCGCCGUCCUCACCGGGGAUCCGUCUGGAGACCCCGUCGGGGACCUUGUCAUCGAUUCUGAGACAACGGGGGUACCCUCCUCCUCCCUGGUCCCCACUGCCCCCGUGAUCCACGGCCUGCCGCCCCCCCCGUGUCUCCUCGGCGCGGACCCCGACGGCCGCGGCGAGUUGGAGGCCGCGGCCGUCCCCCGCUCCUCCUCCCCAGGGGAGCCGGCGUCCGCCUCGCUCCCGUGCCCCCCCAUGUCCCCGUCCCCGCCUCCAAGUUCCCCCGCACCCCCCACAGCAAAGCCCCGGGGGGGCGCCCUGCAGCAGGGGCUGGCGUUCCUGCGCCGAUCGCUGCGGCUUGACCGGGCGUUCCAGCGCUCCAGCAAGCACAAGCACGGCGCCGGGGGCGGCGGAGGCGGCCUGCUCACCUACGCGGCUCAGUUCCCCCCGGAAUGGUGGCCCAUGCUGGGGGAGCUGCCCACCACGCAGCACCAGCUUCAGCAGCAACAGCAGCUUCUAGGGCAGCAGCUGCACAACGCAAACCAGCUGCGCAGCGUGUCCCUGCUGCGUCUGGCGGUGGUGGGGGAGGGCAGCAGCGGCGGUGGCGAUCCCGCUGCGGCGCUGGUGCUGGUGGUGCCGCGUGCCGUGGAGCUGGAGAUCGUGCGGCGAAUCAACCCGCGGCUCACGGAGGAGAACGUGGCGGCACACGCACGCGCGCUGGCGCUCGCCCACGCGGCGCAGCCUUUGCCGCCAGCCACCAACGCCAAUCACCGAGAGCAGCAUGGCGCCGCCACCGCCGGCGACGGCGGAGGCGGCCGCCCCGGUGGAGCCACCGACAAUGACCCCCCACCCGCCGGGGAGCUCCACUCCGACCUCAACGCCAAUGGCGAGGCCGGCGCGGACGGCGAGUGGGGGCACUACCGGCGCUACCAGGAGCGGUGGCGGGGGACCGGUCGGCGCUGGCGGGGGUCCCUGCGGGGCGGCUGGACGGACAAGUCGAGCCUGGGCCCCGGCGUGUCCGACGCCCAGACUUGCGCCACCCGCGCCAGCGGCACGCGGGGGCCCGACGAUGACGACGACAAUGACGAUGUAGGAGGAGGAGUGUUCCACGGGGGCGGCCACGCAGACGAGGUGUCCUCCACCACCUCGUCAUCAUCCUCUCUGUCUGAUUACGAGCGAUACCACCGCCACCACCACCACCACCAUGAGGGGCGGCACCAUCGGCGGCAACAGCAGCAGCAGCAGCAGCUGGGUCCAAGCCACCACCAGCAUCAGAAGCAGAAACACGAACAGCAUCAACACCACCAUCACCACCAUCACCACCAUCGGCAGCAGCAGCAGCAGCUGCUGACACCUUCGCAGGGACGCGCGUCUCCUCCUCCCCGCGUGCGCCCACGGGAGGCGGCAGCGGCUCCGCCGUGCCCCUCUGUGGCAACCCCCCACCACGCGGGGCCUCCCCCACCCCCGUCGCGAGCGCCGCCGCUGCCGCCCAUCGCAGGAAGCCCCGGGCCCCCGUGCCGUCCCCGCCCACCCUCGCGCGACGCCAGGUCGGAGGGCCGCUCCCACGGGAGGUCGCGCGACAAGCGGGCUCGCGGGGACCGGGCCCACGACCCCGGCCCCGAGUGGCCAAGUGGUGGGGCCGCCACCGGCGGGUCACGUGACCCGGAGCGCAGGUCACGUGAUCCGGCGACGGUUGGGGCUGUGGUAGAAGAGAGGAGGUCGAGGGGUCACGGAUCACGGGAGGAGGGGUCGCGGGGUCACACGAGGUCGCACGGACGCAGGUCAGCUGAUGACAGGUCGCGCGACGAGCGGCACCAUGCUCACGGGCGGUCGCGUGACGUACGCGACGACGCGGCGCACAGACGUAGGUCGCACGGGCGCAGUUCGGCCGAUCAGAGGUCGCAGGGUCAGAGGUCGAGGGACGAGCGAUCCCAGGGUCAGAGGUCGAGGGACGAGCGAUCGCAAGGUCAGAGGUCGAGGGACGAGCGACCGCAGGGUCAGAGGUCGAGGGACGAGCGACCGCAGGGUCAGAAGUCGAGGGACGAGCGACCGCAGGGUCAGAAGUCGAGGGACGAGCGACCGCAGGGCCAGAGGUCGAGGGACGAGAGGUCGCAAGGUCAGAGGUCGAGGGACGAGAGGUCGCAGGGUCAGAGGUCAAGAGACGAAAGAUCGCAAGGUCAGAGGUCACAUUCCUUGGCCCGGAGACGGAGCGGGGGGGAGGAGAGGUUCACUCUGCCCCGACCCGGAGAGUUUAGUGUGAUCCUGUGAUGCUCGCCCGUGCUUCAGCACCACCAUGUGUUGUACCGCACCACACACCGUACGCACAGCACCACGCAUUGUGGUCGGUGUAUGUGGGAGAUGCUAUGGAGCAGGGUUUCCCAAACUUUAGUCCUCGCGAUCCACCAUGAUACGUCUUUCCAAUGUACCCCCCCCCCACCUCAAAUCAACUUGUUCCACGCCCUACGCGCCUGAUGAUGGUUAAACACGACCUAAGUGACUCGCUAAGCAAUUAACGCUGUCUGCGUCACAGAACACGUUAACACGUGAACAUACACACACACACACACACGGAACAUCUGUACAUACGCGCACGAGAUUGCGAUCUUAAUUUUAAUACUCUAUUAACCGCGGACAGCGUUCAUUGUUUAGCGCGUCACGUGGGACAUUCAACAAUCAUCGGACGCGUGCAGCGUGGAACGAGUUAAUUUAAAUUUGGAGUAAAUUGGUUAACGCGGAAAGACGUAGCGCGGUUGGGGGUCGCGAGGACUGAAGUUUGGAAACCACGUAGUGGAUGUACGGGAAGGUGACUGAGGUCACCAAACGUGUUUUUUACAUCUGGACUUUGCUCAAAGGUUUAAAACCUCGCCUCAACAACAACCACCUUGAUGACGUGCCAAUGCCCGGGGCUACCCGAGGUGGAGUUCGAUGCUGUAGGUAUAGGUUGGAGAUGCUAUAGAGGAUGGGCUGUAGGUAGCUAGAGGAUGUAGGUAUAGGUGGGAGGUGCUGUAGAUUUUAUGGAGGAGAAGGCGCUGGGUACACCCAGACUGAGCAGUAUUCAUUCCUCGACUGACGUCACCGCACGCGUUGUUGCUUUUCGUGACGAUUUCUGCCAAUAAAACUGAACUCGCGGUACACGCGGCGUGCGGGUGUCUGCGAA